GAAAAACCACUAGAAGUGGCGGUUUAGAUAGGAAUUAAAGUUUUUCAUUCGAAAAAAUGGCGUCCGGUUUCCUAUUCGUUUUUUGGUUGACAAUUUUGGGCUGCGUUCUUGGUCUUCCUUUUGAUUCAGAAGGUGAAGUCUCCAGCAAAGAUUACUGCAUAAAACUGACACCAGAGAAGAAAGAUGAAAUAAAAACAAUUGUGUCGAAAAUAUCCAAAUUUCUGGACUAUCUCGCCGUUGACCAUGAAGAAUUUGACAUCAGCCUUGUCAGCGUAGAUAUAGACCGCCAUAGAGCUGAUGAUGACCACAAAGACGUAAAAAUACAAUUGACUGUCAACGACUGCGAUGAUUCCACCGAAACUGUAAAAGAUACAGGAACUAUGGAUUCAGGAGAGAAGGAUUCAAAUAGAAAUGAUUCAGGAAAAGCGGAUUCAAAUGAAAAUGAAUCAGGAAAAGCGGAUUCAAGUGAAAGAGAGAAAGGAGUUACGAAUUCAGCAAAUGAUGACGUUUCAAAUAAUAGUGCGUUGAAAGUCAAACCGUCUCUUUACGAGCUCUCUCUAGCAGAGAAUGAAGAAGAGUUAAUAAGAGAAGUGGAGAAAAGAAGACAGAAGAAGAGUCCUCUUAUAGUCUACGUCCAAGAACGUGAGGGAAGAGAGGAAUUCGUCUUUUUAAAGUAAAAUUAUUUUAAUGUGAAACUUGUUGAGU